AUCUUCCUCGCGACCACCAUUGCGCAGACCUCCAUAACCAUCCCAGAUUGCGGUGUCGUUCUUGACACUGGGCUGCACAAGACGAAACAGCCCUUUAACAUCCACCAGGCGGUUUCUGGUACUAGAGAGGAAGAGCAGAUGAGUACUUUGAACAACAGCAGUUCGUCCACUGACACACUAACCGCGACUUCCAACGUAUUAUCCACCACCUGGAUCACGAAGGCCACCUGCGAGCAGCGCGCCGGCCGCACGGGGCGCACGUGUGCGGGGCUGUGUGUGCGCCUGUUCCCG